AUGAAGGUGCCACCCACUAAGAGCUUACCGUAUCCUCAUGCACCUUCAAGAAGGGAUAAGGAGAGGCAAUAUGCUCGGUUCUUAGAGAUUUUCAAGACCUUGCAAAUUAACAUUCCGUUCUCCGAGGCAUUAGAGCAAAUGCCUACAUAUGCCAAGUUCAUGAAAGAGCUCCUCACCAAGAAGAGAAAGUAUUUUGAAGAGGAGACCAUUACAUUGGAGGCGGGGUGUAGUGCCAUUAUUCAGAAGAUGUUGCCAACAAAGUCCAAGGACCCUGGUAGUUUCACUCUUCCAGUCACUAUUGGGAGUUUAGCUAUUGGGAAGGCUUUACUUGAUUUGGGGGCUAGCAUCAAUCUUAUGCCCUUAUCUAUGCUUCAGAGGAUUGGUGGUUUGGAAGUGAAGCCAACUCGCAUGACUUUGCAGUUGGCUGAUCGAUCUGUGAAGUAUCCUCAUGGCAUUGUGGAGGAUGUUCUGGUGAAGGUGGACCGUUUCUUGUUUCCCGCUCGUGGUGAUGGAUAUUGA